AUGACCACAAAUACAUCAGCAGCCCUCCCAAUCAUCGACAUCUCCCCCUACCUCCUCCCCAACACCAACAAAGCCGCCCGCACCGCAACCGCCCACGCCCUCGCCCGCGCCUGCCACGACACCGGCUUCUUCUACCUCACCGGCCACGGCAUCCCGGACAGCACCCUCCAAUCCAUCCUCACCCUCGCCCGGCGCUUCUUCCUCGAGGCCUCCGACGACGAGAAGAACGCCAUACGCCGGCGCGAUGCCGGCGUCGUCGAGACCGUCUCCCAGCAACAGGCAGUCGUCGGCGGCGACGGCGCGCGCGGGUACCAGCGGAUCGGCGAGAACGUGACCAAGGGGCAGCGGGACUGGCAUGAGGCGGUGGAUUUCUAUGCGGAGUGGGAGGGGGAGGGGGGAAGCGGGAGUAGCGGGCCGCCGUACGAGUUGCUGCAGGGGCCGAACUUGUGGCCGCGGCAUCCGCCGGGGUUGAGGGAGGAGUACGAGAGGUAUGUCGGGCUGGUUGAGGGCGUGGGGACGGCGGUGGUGAGGGCGAUGGGGGAGGCGUUGGGGUUCGAGGGCGAGGAGGAGGCGGAUGUGUUUGUGCGGGCGACGAGGAAGAGUUUUUGGGUGAUGCGGUUGAUUGGGUAUCCCGGGUUGCCGGAGGGAGAGGGGAGGGAGGAGGGGUUUAGUUGUGGGGAGCAUACUGAUUACGGCUGCGUGACGCUUCUCCUGGCAGACAGCACGCCUAAUGCGCUGCAGGUCCAAAGGAAAGAUGGGUCGUGGAUAUCCGCUGAUCCGAUUCCUGGCGCCUUCGUGGUGAAUAUCGGGGACAUGAUCGAGCGCUGGACCAACGGCUUGUGGAAAUCGACAAAUCAUCGAGUAAUACAUCGCGGCGCCAACUAUCGCGUGAGCGUGCCAUUUUUCUUCGAACCUGACUUCAACGCCCGGAUAAAGCCAUUAGCGAAAUGUAUUGCGGAGACGGGCGGGAAAGAGAAAUAUGACGAAGUGGUAUAUGGAGAGCAUUUGCUGGCAAAAGUGAAAGGGAACUUCUACUAG